AUGCCAAAUGACUUUAUGAAAAAUACGGAUAUCAGUAUAAAAGACAACAAGUUUCCUUAUUGCGUUGUAUUUGCUUAUCUACCAUGUAUAUCAACAUUCAUCCCAGUGAUCGGGCAUGUUGGAAUCGGAACAUCCUCUGGAGUAAUCCAUGACUUCUCAGGAUCCUACAACAUUUCAGUUGAUAACAUGGAAUUUAGUGAUCCUAUGAAAUACUGGAAAUUAGACAAGAACAAACUCCCAUUGUCUAUAACAGAUAAAUUUUAUGAUGAUGCCAUUUACCAAUCAGACGAUACAUUUUCUAAAAGAAGGCAUAACCUAUUCACAAAUAACUGCCAUCACCACGUUGCUAUGGUCCUAAAUAAAAUAAAAUAUAAGGGGAAAUCCGAUUGGACCCCAUUCAAGGUGUUUUUAAAUCUGAUGAUCUAUGGCCAUUUUGUUUCGUGGAAAUACGUUUUCGUAUUAUAUGCACCCUUUCUGUUUAUCCUUUUUCUCCUUGUCUUCCUCGCAACAACAUUUUAG